CAUACCAAGUGGGUUAUCCGAUGAUCCUACCUCGCGUGCACCAAACAAGGAUCGGAAUGAACAAUGAAGUAACAGGCAGCCGACGAUCACUGAUCAAACGGCUUGGCACCAACGGGCAAGACGCAAAGUCCAAAGCUGCUUCAUCAGUCUCCAAACGUCUCAAUCCGGGUGAUCAUGUGGCCCGCCUCCGGCCCACCAACAACCAAACCCGGUCAAGUCCACGCGACUUAUAAACCGCGGCGCGCGCAAGAAACCAAACUCGUACACGAUUAGUGGUAGCUGCCUAACAAAACAGCCAAAUGCGUCCGCCUCGUCUUCUCGCCACCAUGGCUCACCUACCACGCUGCCCCGUCCUCGUCUUCCUCUUCCUCGUCGUCCAUGCUCAUGUCCCCGCCUCCCAUGGCGCCUCUCUCCCGCCCACUUACGACCGUUCAAUGUGCUCGGAAUCGUUCUGGUGCGGGGACGUCGAUAUCCACUACCCGUUCUACCUCUCCAACACAACCGAAGACACCGCCGAUUACAGUCCAUCCUUCUCCUGCGGCUACACCGAUCUGAUGAUCUUCUGCCGGGAGGAGGGGGCAACCAAGACCCCCAUCAUCCAUCUCGGCGGCGACAACUACACGGUACAGAACAUCUUCUACAACACCAGCACCAUCAUCCUCGCGGACAGCGACGCGCUCAGCGGCCGCAGCUGCCCCAGGGUUCGCCACAACGUCAGCUUCGGCCAGGAGUGGCUGCACAACACCAGCUCCUACGACAACCUCACCUUCUUCUUCGGCUGCUACGCCACGCCAAGCGAUCCCGCGCCGCCUCGUUUUGACAAAUACAAAAUCGAUUGCGCGGAGUUCAAUAAUUCGGCGGACGGUGGAGUCUCCUUCGUGUUCACGUCUGAAGAGGUGGACAAACCUCUGGAGCACGAGUUGUCCCUGUACUGCAAGGCGAUUGUCACCGUGCCAGUGAGAAGCGAGGUUCUGACGGCAAACAAUAUUCCGUCCGUGCUGACAAGUAGCGGAUACGGUUACGUGCUUCGGCAGGGGUUCGAGCUGGCCUGGAUCCGGAAGACGACAGACCUGUGUUACCGAUGUGAGCAGUCCGGCGGACGGUGCGCCUACGGUCGGAACGGGGACUUGAUGGGUUGCUUGUGCACCGACGGGAAGGAUUGCAAAAACAGUGGAGCCAGCACAGGAGCGUCGCCAUCGAGACCGAAGAAAAAGACGAAAGCAAUUAUAGCAGGUGUCGUUGGUGGAUUCUUCGUGUUUCUCGUUGCUGGCGUAACAGCUAUUUUGUUCAUUCGCAAGAGAAAGCGGAAGGAAAUCAACUCAUCUUCGAAGCUCCUCAAGUACAGCGGCUCUGGCGGGACCCCACGCUCCCGGGGUGGCGACAUGGAGUCCGGCAGCAUCCAGGACCUGAAGACUCACCUCUUCAGCUACGAGGAGCUCGAGGAAGCGACCGAUUGCUUCAAUGACAACAGAGAGCUCGGUGAUGGCGGCUUCGGCACUGUCUACAAAGGGUACCUAAAGGACGGGCGCGUGGUGGCGGUGAAGCGGCUGUACAACAACAGCUACCGGCGCGUGGAGCAGUUCGUAAACGAGGCGGCCAUCCUGUCCCGACUGCGCCACCCGAGCCUGGUCAUGUUCUACGGCUGCACGUCCAGCCAAAGCCGCGAGCUUCUCCUGGUCUACGAGUUCGUCGCCAACGGCACGGUCGCCGACCACCUGCACGGCCACCGCGCCUCCGAGCACGCCCUCUCGUGGCCGCUCCGCCUCAGCAUCGCCGUCGAGUCCGCCGCGGCGCUCACGUACCUCCACGCCAUCGAGCCGCCUAUCGUGCACCGCGACGUCAAGACCACCAACAUCCUCCUCGACUCCGACUUCCACGUCAAGGUCGCCGACUUUGGCCUCUCCCGCCUCUUCCCCCUCGACGUCACGCACGUCUCCACCGCUCCCCAGGGCACGCCAGGGUACGUGGAUCCGGAGUAUCAUCAGUGCUACCAGCUGACGGACAAGAGCGACGUUUACAGUUUCGGCGUCGUCCUGGUGGAGCUCAUCUCGUCCAAGCCCGCCGUAGACAUCACCCGACACCGCAACGAGAUUAACCUGGCCUACAUGGCCAUCAACAAGAUCCAGAAGUGCCAGCUCGAGCAGCUCGUGGACCUCGGCCUCGGCUACGAGGCCGACCCAGCCACGAAGAAGGCUAUGACCAUGGUCGCCGAGCUGGCGUUCCGGUGCCUGCAGCAGAACGGCGAGAUGCGGCCGCCGAUCAAGGAGGUGCUCGAGGGGCUCAAGGCCAUACAAGAUGAAUGCCGGAUGGAGACGGAUGGAGACAAAAACAAAGAAGGGCCCUUCUCCCCCAACACGGUCCAUGCUCCAUGGGACAGCAGGGCCACGACGCCUAACACUAGCCAGUAACCCGCGGGGACUAGAUUAGUGCUUGAGAGUUGAGACCUAUCGAGAUUUAUUUGUACAAUAUUUGUAUCACUGCUGCUUAGGGAUGCGCUUGUUGUGUGAGGGCGUGAGGCCUUGUUACUUCCAGGCCUCGUAGUUCCUGGUGAUGUAAAUAUGCGUUCUGUUGGUGCUGUCAGAACAGAUGGGAUGUACAUAGAAGUGAUAAUGCUACAUACAUACGAAUAUUAAGUGCUACGUUCCAAAUAUAAGUCCAUUUAUAUU